AUGAUCAAGCUUCGUAAUAUUGGUCCCGACGAAUGGGAGAUAUGGAGACAUCAAAGACUGGCUGCGCUUACGAAUGCACCCUAUGCAUUUUCAUCGAAAAUUGCAGACUGGGAGAGUGCGCCGGAGCAACGAUGGCGCGACCGGCUUAGCAUACAUGGCGGUUACCAAGUGGUUGCUUCUCUCCACGAUACGAUAGUUGGCAUGGCCGGAGGAGUUCUACUUGACGAGCCUGAGGUUGCAGAGCUUGUGUCUAUGUGGGUUGAUCCUGCUGCACGAGGCCGUGGAGUCGGAGACGCACUAGUGGCUGCUGUUGAAGAAUGGGCCUACGGUACUGGUGCCACCAUUCUUAAACUAUCUGUGAUAGAGAACAAUUACCCAGCUCGUAAGCUCUACUUCCGGAAUGGGUUUGUCGACGUUGAACUUGAAAGCGGCCGUAUGGAUAUUAAUGAUAUGUGCAGUGAGAGGGUUAUGUUAAAGAAAAAGCAGUAG